CUUUGAUCUGUUUUGACUCUCAGAAUACUUACAGACUGUCCAGGCUGGCAUGGUGCUGGCUGUGAUCUUUGCCUGCUGUGGGCUGUUCAUCUUCAUCUGCCAGCUUUUCACGCUGAAGAAAGGAAAUCGAUUUAUCUUCACUGGUCUCUUUCAGCUGCUCUCCUGUCUCUGCGUGAUCACUGCAGCUAGCGUCUACACUGUCCACUUCCACUCCGAUGACAAGAAUGGAGGGUAUGGCUCCUCGUACAUCUUGGCUUGGAUCUGCUUCCCUUUGACGCUCCUCAGCAGCAUUAUCUAUGUCAUCCUGCGUAAACGGGAGUAAAGGCCGGUGGCGCAUACACUGGAGGCUGCUGGGAUUGCUCUGGGAAGGUGGAUCUUGGGAGCUCAAGCAUAUGUUAGUUUCUGGAGCAAUGUUUGACUGAAAUUCCGUUUUGAAAAAGGGAAACUUAUUUUUGUAAAUUCUUUUCUCAAAUCUGCUCUUUCGCUCAUGUUCCCUCCUUGACUCCUCGACUCUUCCUUUUCAGUGUAAAAAUGCCUGUUUUUUGUUUCAGUUAGAUGGGUGAGGGGCUCAUAGAAGGACAGAUCAAUCAUGUUCCUUUUUGCUGUUUUUUUGUGGGGGGGGGGGGGCAGGAGUUGUUGGUGUAAUCCCCAGGCCUUCUAGCCCCUGUGGCAAUACAAGGCAACUUUAAACUUUUUUUUAAAACAGUGACUUCUAACCAAAGUGAAACCUUAACAUGAGCGAAUUUGCUUUGAACCACCAUUAUAAGAUUGGGUCUUGUGUCUCAUCUCUGGCAUCUUGAACAGAAUGAUUUGUAGCGCCUCUUGCUGUGGCAAAAUUGCUACCACACUGGAGAGAGAUCCCAUGGUGUGUCCCUGGAUAGGGGAAUGUAUCUGAUUAGAAGGUUGGAGAGAAGGAAACCAUCUCCAAUCCAACAGAUGAGCCUAGUCUUCGAUUAUGGCGAUGCAGUUAAAUUCUAGGACAUAUGUUUAUUGGCUAGACCCAUGCCUGCAGUAGAGUGGGACCAAGAUUAGUGUGCUUUUGCACCCUCAUGCCUUUGGAAGACCUACCCCUAAUGAGAGGGUCUGCUCGAAGCCUGUCCUUGGUUGAGGGUAGGGAGUGUGGUUGGGAUUAAUUGUUUGCCCCUGCACCAUCACAGAGUACUUUGACUCAUUGAUAAGAACAGGAGUUAAGGCUCUCUACCCUUGUCAUCUCAAUAACUGGUGGAGGGAGCCACUGAGGGGGAGAACGGACAGAUGUAACCAGGAACAAUACACCACCUUUUUAUUCAGGAAGUCCCAAAACCU